UCGACUUUAACUUUUUUGCAGCGAGUUUUGUUGUCCGAAAUCAAAUGAUUUUAGCUAAACCAUUGCCUAAAUCUUCGUUUUCGGUGCCGGAAUUUAACCAAUUUUUAACCCUGCAGAGUAAAACACUCACUCAUGCACAACAAACUUUCAACGUCAAUGAAGAGGCGCCUAUUUAUAUAAUGAUAAAAACUCGGUUCGAAGCAUUGUUACACCGCAAGAGGAAACCGAAAUGAAUGGUGUAACGUCACCUGAAUUUUUUCUCAAUUAUUUCCGCUGCAACGGUCGUGUUAUUUUGGCGACUAUACUUUCUUCAUCAACCGCCAUGCAUGGUAAUGGCAGUUUCCCGCAUUUCACUGGAACCAUCGGAUUUCUAGAGACAUCCGCGCCAACAAUAGUCGAGCGACCUGGUUUAAUUCGUGUAAAAGCUCUAUUAUUUCUUGGAGGUACAGCGUUAGCCAUGGUUCAAGUUUUAUGCCAGUGCUAAGAAGACACUCUUGCCGAACGCACCUACACCAGUGAGAGUCUGGGAAACGGUCUGAUUCCCGUCAACAAUAACUAAUUGAUAACCGACUCGAUUGUUAAUCGUGCGAUGUAUCUCCAAAUGUGGAUGCUGUUCCUCUGGGCGCUCAGUUUCACGGAUAUGGUGGUGUCUAUUCUGGCCGAAGAUACGACAACCCUUGUUGAUUCACAUGAGCCUCCAACUCGUCAGAACGACAAAUUCUCCACGGCUGAAUACCCCUACGUUCGUGGAAACGGAAACAACCUCAAUUACGACGACGAACGCAGCAUCCCCUACAACCACCGAUGCUCCGAACGUCUCGAAACCGCCUUGGACCAAAUCCGUCGCCGGCAAAUUGCCAAACAAAAGACCCUCCACCUCAACGGAUACUCGCUCCACCAGCAGCUCCGUUCUGCCCCUUACGACAUGUACGUAACCGACAUGAGAGUGCGUCUCCCGACUUCCAGCAGUUGGGUAAGAGUGGACCGCUGUCGGUUCAAUCCCCGGAACGCCUCCUUGGAGACCCGCUUGCUGUUCAACGAUCUGACAAUCAGCGGCAAAGUGAACCUCUUCAACGGCGACAUGCUCCAAAGAGCGCCCGUUGAGCCCAAUCCGGAGGACUCUUGCAGCAUGAUUCUGCGAUUGAGACGGGCGGGCAUUGGAUUUCACACUGAGCCCAUAAGACGCGAGAGGGGCCAGUUCAACGUCAAGACUGAUUCACAUUUCCUUGAGCCUGGAUUUAUAAGUGUUUACGCCUACGGCUGUGAACCAAGGCUUAGGGAACAUCGAAGAGGAUUCAGAGACGACGAGGACAGUGAGGAACUGUCCAGGGAAAUGGAGGAUAUUUUUCUCAAAGGAAUUAGAUCUCUACUAACUACGUACAUGCAAAAAGAACUACAACCGGCCAUCAAAGAAACCCUCAUGAGAAACAUGGGAUACACAAUAUCAUACGGUUAACCACAAUGCAAAUAAUAUUUAUUGUAAAUUUGUAUAAAUGUUAGAUAGUCCCACUGAUGUUUUGUUGUAAGUUUUUAAUUAAUACAUUAAAUUAUCUUUGAAAAUA